AUGGCAGGAAGAGCAGCAUCUCCAAGACGAGCGAGUCCGAAGAAGGGGAGCAAAGGCUCCAAGAAGCGUGGACGUCGUCCAGGACCCCAGAAACGUCGCAGAAGGAGGAGGGAAUCUUACGGUAUCUACAUCUACAAGGUUCUCAAGCAGGUCCAUCCCGACACUGGCAUCUCAAGCCGUGGAAUGAGCAUCAUGAACAGCUUCGUGAAUGAUGUGUUUGAACGUAUUGCCGGUGAAGCAUCCCGACUCGCCAACUAUAACAGGCGCUCUACAAUAUCUAGCCGAGAGGUCCAGACCGCCGUCCGUCUAUUGCUACCCGGGGAACUAGCCAAGCAUGCCGUUAGCGAGGGAACAAAGGCUGUCACAAAGUACACAAGCUCCCGA